AUGAAUGACCCACGCCCAUAUCACGUCCUAAGCUAUGGCACCCUUCUGGGAACCCAGUUCUUCCAGUCCUUCGUCGGAGGCUUUGUUGCCUUCCGCGCCCUGCCGAGGCCCCAGUUCGCCAGUCUGCAAACUGCCAUCUUCCCCAUCUACUUCUCGCUGCAGACAGCCUUGCCUGUGGUAGUCGCCUUGACCGCUUCUCGCGGCGGACAGGCACUGGGACUAUCUGGACUGACUGCGCCAGAGAACCGCCUUAACACCUUCCUGCCCAUGGCAACCGUGGCAGUGACCGGGUUGGUGAACAUGUUCGUUCUGCGUCCCAUUACUGUCAAUGUGAUGCGCGAGCGGAAGCACCAGGAAACCCGUGAUGGCAAGAGGAGCUACGACCCGGCGCCUCACUCGAAGGAGAUGCUGGCUCUGAACAAGAAGUUCGGUCGUGUGCAUGGCAUCUCGAGUCUGGUCAACUUGAUCAGCUUUAUUGCUACAGUCUACUACGGUGUUGUACUGAGCAAGAGACUUGAGUGA